AUGGCUGCGCCGCCGCCAGCCACCUCGUUCCACCUCUCCUGGAGCGCCAAGCGUCCCGAGCGCCCUUCCCAGCCACCUCCUCCCACCGCGGCCCGCCCGAGCCCAUCUGGGCCCGGGUCAGCCCGCACGCGUCGCCGCCGCCGCCUGGAUCCCGGCGCCGCCCGAGCGCCUCGCGCUCGCGCCCUCAGGCCGGCGCCUCUGCCUCUGCCGCCUCCUCGCUCGCCGGAGCCCUGCAUCGCCGACCCCGCCCCUGCCGUCGACCCUCGCCGGCGCCCCGCCGGAGCUCUGCUCCUCUGCGCCGCCCGCGCCCGCGUGUCCCUCGCCGCCGCGCCUCUCUGGCGUCCGGCGCCUCCCCGCCACCGUCCGGCGCCGCCCCGCCACCGCGUCCCCGCGUCGGCGCCCGCCGGUGCCGCCUCCUCACCGGAUGCGCCUCGUCCCUCGCCGUAG